AGCGCUCGCCGGGUAAUGCCCGCGUUGUGGCGGGUAGUUGGAGCCGGCAAAGCCCGCGCAGCAGCGGCUCCGGGCGAACCGGCCCCGCGCCAGCGCCGCUCCUCGGCCAUCGCUCCCGCGGGCUGCCGGCCGGCCGGGCGGGUGAUGGCGGGGGGCCGGCUGUCCGCCCGUCUCCUGGCCGCCGCCUGCCUCGCCCUCAGCUUAGCCCCGGGGGCGGCGGGGCCGCGGGACGGCCCCGGCUUGUCGCGGCUGCAAAGGAGGAGUCUGGCGGUGGACUUCGUCGUGCCCUCGCUGUUCCGCGCCUACGUGCGGGACCUGCUGCUGGGGCCGCCGGGCCGCGCCUCGGCGACGGGCCGCCUGCUGCUGGACUGCGCGCCUCUGCUCCGCGCCGCCCCAGGAGGGCCCUCCCAGCCGCCGCCGGCCGCGCCGCUCGUCCACCCCGGCGGCCCCUCCGCGGGCGGGCGGCGGCUGCGGCGCGCCAAGCAGCUGGUGCUGGAGGUGGGCGAGGGCAGCCUGCGGGACGGCUGCGCCGCCGGGGCGCGCCUGGAGUUCGACCUCAGCGAGCCGUUCGCCGGCUGGCUCCGCGCCGGAGACGGGCGGCUGCGGGUGCGGGUGAUGCCCGAGCGCCGCGGAGCCGUUCCGGGCGGCGAGCGAGGGCUCUCGGCGGCCAUCCGAGCCGCCCGCCCCCGCCUCCUCCUCCACGUCUCGGCGGCAGGUCCAAGCAGUCUGGAUCUCCCAACAAGCAGUCCUCCUCUUCCUCCUGGUCUCUCUUCUUGGAACUUGACCUGGAUCAUGAGAGACACAUCUCCUUUCUUCUCCCAUAGAGGACGACAUAUAUUUGAUUGCAAUUUUGAGACUCCUUGUGAGCUGGAAUAUUCCUUUUCCUCGAAAGAUCAGGAAAGCCCCAACAAAGCCUGGCUGAGAGUGAGUGCAGAGGAUAUUUCACAGCUGAACAUCCCGGGUGGACCAGAGAGAGAUCACUCUGAGAAUACACCAAAAGGUUCUUUCCUGUUCCUUAAUGCGUCUGAGAGCCCUGUCAUCCUGAGCCCUUGGCUGAGAAGCAGCAGUGACCAAUGUGUAGUUCAAGUGGCUGUUUAUAAGUUUUUCCAGCAAAGUGGAGAAUAUAUUGUUCGGAUCCUUCCUAUUGACGGCAGCAGCAGUGAAAUUUUGACAGAGCAGAAUCCAGAAAAACGUGGAUGGGAGCUGCUUCAAAGAAGAGUUGGACAUAGAGAGAAACCAUUUCGGAUCUCAUUGGAGUACGUUACUAAUGGGAACAAGAGCAUAGCAGCUGUGGAUUCCUUUGCAAUGAAGAACUGCACUACAGGAGCUGCUUCUGUCUCAAAAAUGGCUCUGGAAGGUUCCUUCAGCUGCUGGAAUGGCACAUCAAUCAGGCUGGGCCAGGCGUGUGACUUCAUCAGAGACUGCACUGAAGGAGAGGACGAGGGAGCAAUGUGCAGAAAACUUCCCUCUGGCUUUUACUGUUCGUUCGAAGAAGGGGACUGUGGCUGGAUGGAGGGCUCAGCAGCAUCCCGUGCUUCUCCAUGGCGAAUUGGGAGCCUGGAGUACAACCGUUUUCCUUCAGUAGCAGAUUAUGCACUGAUCCUUGACACCAGCAAAGCACCAGCAGGAGCAAGCACCGUAAUGACCAGCGCUACAUUUCCAACCCCUUUGAGGAACUCCCCCUGUGAGGUUUUGGUUUCAGAUCAUUGCUUCAUGGGAAAGAGGAUCCAAUGCCAUUAUUGCUUUUGACAAUGUCUCCCUUAGUCUGGACUGUUUUUUAACAAUCAAUGGAGAGAAGAUAACUCGAAGUUCUACUCCAGACUCAAGCAAUUUGCUCACCAGUAGAAGAGGUCUGAAUAAUUUUGGAUGGGAACAAAAGCUUCUGGGAAAUCUCCAACUCAGCACUGCCCCCAUUUCUGGUCCAGCAG